CCCGACCCUGCAGGACUUGGCAAACUCCUACCUCCGCUCCCAAUAGUUUUCCCCAGACUCCUCCCUCCUGGUCCCCCAUCCUUCUCACUUUGCAGAAUUCAUUGCUUCUUCCAACACCUUUUUGCAACACACCAGAGCUCUGAGUCCCUUAGCUGAAUUCUACUUUUGUUUUUAUUUCUCUCUCGCUGCCUUUUUUUUGCCCAUCUCAUCUGAUGCCUCUGCCAGAGCGAAAGGAAUAAAUAGAGCCUGCCUCGCCCAAAGGCUUAGACGCCUGGGAAGAGCAGCCAGCGCGGAAAGGACCGGGCUCCGCCAAGCGCGUGGACCGGACCGGAGGACUUGGACCCAAGCGAGCUGUGAUUUUCCUAGGGGACAGCUCCCAGGUCGUUGUGCUCACUCCCGGAGUGCAGGAGACCGCAGCCCCGGCUGCGCCUUGUCCCAUCCUGCCGGGAUCAUGGUCUGCGGCAGCCCGGGACGGAUGCUGCUGUUACGGGCUGGGAUGCUGGUCCUGGCUGCCCUCUGCCUGCUCCAGAUCCCCGGAGCUCGGGCAGCAGCCUGUGAGCCCGUCCGCAUCCCCUUGUGCAAAUCCCUGCCCUGGAACAUGACCAAGAUGCCCAACCACCUGCAUCAUAGCACCCAGGCUAACGCCAUCCUGGCCAUCGAACAGUUCGAAGGUCUGCUGGGCACCCACUGCAGCCCGGAUCUGCUGUUCUUCCUCUGCGCCAUGUAUGCACCCAUCUGCACCAUCGACUUCCAGCACGAGCCCAUCAAGCCCUGCAAGUCGGUGUGCGAGCGCGCCCGGCAGGGCUGCGAGCCCAUCCUCAUCAAGUACCGCCACUCGUGGCCAGAGAGCCUGGCCUGCGAAGAGUUGCCGGUGUACGACCGUGGCGUGUGCAUCUCUCCCGAGGCCAUCGUCACCGCUGACGGAGCGGAUUUUCCUAUGGAUUCUAGUACUGGACACUGCAGAGGGGUGAGCACCGAGCGCUGCAAAUGUAAGCCCGUCAGAGCCACACAGAAGACCUAUUUCCGAAACAACUACAACUACGUCAUCCGGGCUAAAGUCAAAGAGGUAAAGACAAGGUGCCACGAUGUGACUGCCGUCGUGGAGGUGAAAGAGAUCCUAAAGGCAUCUCUGGUGAACAUCCCCAGGGAUACCGUGAACCUCUACACCACCUCUGGCUGCCUGUGCCCCCCACUUCACGUUAACGAGGAAUAUGUCAUCAUGGGCUAUGAAGAUGAGGAACGCUCCAGGUUACUCUUGGUGGAAGGCUCUAUAGCUGAGAAGUGGAGGGAUCGGCUGGGUACGAAAGUCAAGCGCUGGGAUAUGAAACUCCGCCAUCUUGGCCUGGGGAAGACGGAUGCUGGUGAUUCCACUCAGAGUCAGAAGUCUGGCAGGAACUCUCAUCCCCGGCCAGCGCGCAGCUAAGUCCUGAAAUGCAGAAGGCCACACCAUGGACUCCCUGCUAAGACUUGCAUUGCUGGACCUAGCAAGGGAAAACUGCAUGAUUGCACUCAUUGACGUAUUGUUUACUACAGAUACCGUGUGGCAACUGGCGUUACUUCUGCGUCCUCUCUGCUUCUUAAUGGCCCGUGCUAGAUCCUUAGAUCUGUCAAAUACCAUUUUACUAAUCACGGGGAAACUGUUCUUUCUCGACAGUAAUAGUAAAUUAGGCAUGCUGAUGCCAAGGUCUUUGUACCAGUCCCCAGGCAUCGGUUUCCUGUUCUGUAUCCAGAUUGAGAAUGCAAAUAUUGGAUGUAAUGAGAGAUUUGUGGCAAUAUCGAAAGCCAGACAUUGCUGUAAGACCGGCCCUGCUGGUGCACGCCCAGCCUUGUUUUUGUAUGCCUGUUGGGCAUUUCCCUCAUGCUAUGGGAGUCCUAGAUGUUUAUUAAAGGUAGCAUGGCAGCUGGAAAUUAAAUCCUGCCCAUGCAGACAGCACAGCACCAGGAAGCAUUUAUGAGGAAAUGACACCCAGCAUGAAUAGUUCUCAAGAUUGGCAGGAAGCAAAACAAAGAGUGUCAGGAGCCAAGGGAAGACGAUUUUGCCUGUCUAAGAAGCAUUCUGGAACCAGUAGCCCUUGGGCCAUUAACAGCGGUGUUCUCUCUUUUGGUGAUGUGUUUGGUUUGUGCAUAACUAUAUUAAUGGGCAUUAGAGAAAGCCUUAUAGCUAGACACCUGCCAUUAUCACCAUAGCUCUGCUUCCUUCUAAAUAAAGACUUAUAGCUAGACACCUGCCAUUAUCACCAUAG